CUAUAAUUAGAAAACAAAAUUUGUGUAGAAGCGUAUUACAAAACGAAAUGAUGUUUGAUAUCCACACAUUGGAUGUUUGUUACGCUAAUUUCGCAGGGGACAUCAACAAUAAAAGGUGUUGUGUUCCUUUGGUGUUCAAGCUGAGCCCUCACCACUUCCAUCUUUCGUGCUAGCUAGCUUAUUUCCACCAUUUCUUUCCCAGGUAAUAAUCUGACUAGCUAGUGCGACGAAUAAAUAAAAGACAAAAAUAAAAUAAUGGCUUUCAGCGGUACCCAACAGAAGUGCAAGGCUUGCGAUAAAAUUGUUCACUUCGUCGAAAGCUUAUCUGCCGAUGGGAUCUCCUAUCACAAAAACUGCUUUAGAUGCAGCCAUUGCAAUGGCCUUCUCGCGAUAAGCAACUACUGCUCUGGCGAUGGAAUUUUAUACUGCAAGGUGCAUUAUGAGCAGCUUUUCAAGGAAACUGGCUCCUACCCCAAGAAAGUCCAGUCCUCUCCAAAGCCACCAACCGAGCUUAAUAGGACACCAAGCAAAAUUUCUGCCUUCUUCUCUGGGACUCAAGAAAAAUGCUCAAAAUGCAAGAAAACUGUCUAUCCGUUGGAAAAGUUGACAGUGGAAGGUGAGUUUUACCACAAAUCAUGCUUCAGGUGCGCCCACGGAGGGUGUUUCCUGACUCCUUCAACCUAUGCCGCUCUUGAUGGCUACCUAUACUGCAAGCCACACUUCUCUCAGUUGUUCAAGGAGAAGGGCAGCUACAGUUAUCUGUCCAAGCAAGCUUCAUUGAAGAGAAGUGAAAUGCUACAAGAGCAAGAGGCUGCGUCUGCGGAGAAUAAGAAGACUGAUGGUAAUCGCUCAGAGUCGGAAGCAGAAACAGAGACAAAACCAGAGACAGAAACAGCAGAGGUAGAAGCAGAGACAGAGGCAGAGACAGAGAAAAACGAAGCCGAUGAGGAACCAAACUCUGACAAAGAGUAGUAGAUAAAGUGUCAGUUCAACUUGGGGGCUUCACUGCUAAGUGUUUCUUUUCAUGAUUUGAUCUUUCUGGCUAUAACACAACCCCAAAACCCGAAUAUUUUGGGCAUUUUGUUGAUGCAAGGGGUUGGCUUGUCUGAUUUGGGAACAUUCCCACAUAAGGGCUAUUACAAAAGUAUAAUCACAAAUUUGCAAACAGUUAGUUUAGACUGUAAAUCGUUAAGCCUUCUGUUUUUUGGGGCAUGUAGAUGCCUUUAUAUUCGUGCCGCAGUCAUUUCCUUUAAUUCUGUGUUAAGAAACAGACACCAGAAUAGACCAAUAUAUUUUUAUCAUCUCAGUUUAUCAUCAAU